CGCAAAGUUCCGCUUCCAGCACUUUCUGCAGCACGGCGGCUAAAGACGGGAGCACCGCUGGAGAGGCAGCUCGAGGCUUCUAGAAACAACGUGCGGACACACACACACACACACACACACACACACACACCGGCUCACACACCGGCACCGGCACCGAUCAGCUGCUCUGAUGGCGAAGUGGGGCGAGGGAGACCCGCGCUGGAUCGUGGAGGAGCGAGCGGACGCGACCAACGUCAACAACUGGCACUGGACCGAACGAGAUGCAACAAACUGGUCGUCGGACAAAUUAAAAUCGCUGAUCCUCGGGCUGACCGUGGAGAGCGACGAGGGGAGCUGCGAGGUGACGGAGGUCAGCAAGUUGGAAGGAGAGGCCUCGAUUAACAACCGCAAAGGGAAACUCAUUUUCUUUUACGAGUGGAACCUGAAAGCUACGUGGACCGGAAAGUCGAAAUCAGGAAUCAAGUAUAAAGGAACGAUCGAAGUUCCGAACCUGUCUGACGAGAACGACAUGGAGGAUCUCGACAUUUCAGUGUCGUUGAAUAAAGACGAACCCGAAACGCCGCUGACCGGCCUGAUGAGGACAAAAGGAGCCGAGAAAAUCCGCGAAGCCCUGGGAAGCUACGUCGGGUUUUUAAAAACAGAGUUCACUCAGGGGAUGAUCCUGCCGACAGCCAACGGCAUGGCCAAGAUUCAGUCCACAUCGCAGUCCAAAGCCAAGCUGGAUAAAACUCAGAUUUCGUCCUCGAGCAGCACGUCUGCUCCGGUCAACACCGGCGUCAAGAUCCCCACCUGUAAAUUCAGCAUGAGAGAAAAGUUCCUCACCUCGCCGGCCGACCUCUACAGGGUCUUCCUCCACCAGGAGAUGGUCCAGGCGUUCACGCACGCUCCAGCCACGGUGGACGGAGAGAAGGGCGGAAAGUUUCGUCUGCUAGAUGGAAACGUUUUCGGUGAAUUCACAGAGCUGGUACCCGAUGAGAAAAUAGUUAUGAAAUGGAGGUAUAACAACUGGCCCUGUGAGCAUUACGCAACGAUCGCGAUGACUUUCUUGGACCGGAGCAGCGAGACAGAGCUGAAGGUGGAGUGUCGAGGCGUCCCGGACAACGACGAGGAGCGGACGAAAGAGGGCUGGAAGAAAUACUACUUCGAAGCUAUUAAACAGACAUUUGGCUACGGAGCGCGGCUCUUCUGAAGACAACGACGACGACGACGCUGUACUGUUUUUUUCAUUUUCUGUUCUCAAUUUUUAAAACUUGUCCUUCGAGAUCUGUCUUGACACAAGACGUCCCCAUUGUAAAACUCAUAGCACGAGUUAACAAGAGAGACAAAGUAGGUGAAGGCCGAUCUGUCUGUGUACGUGUAAAUGUUUUAAUUUUUUCAACAUAUUUAAAUCUGAAUUUUUUUUUUUUCUCCCGUCAGUAUUUGGGUCAGUUCAGAGGAGAGGGGAUGAUGGACUGUGCCUUUGGGACUGUGGAUGGAAAAUGGAUUGAAUAAAGCAAAGAAGAAUUGACUUGAAACCACUAAUGCAAAUUGGCCUCCACUUCUAUAAAUAUGUAAUUAAUGAGUUCAAAUAAAUGUUUGGUUUCUUUUUUUUUUUUUACUCUUCAGGUGUAACCGUAGUAACGAUGCUUUCAGCCGAGAUGCAUGUUUCAUUUUAAAGAGCGGGAGGGACUGAUGACCACUGGAUCUGAGCUUUUACUCAUGGAGUCUGUUAGUUGAGCAGUACUGUAGUUUCACUUGUUACGUUGAGACCUGAUUUCAUGCACAUCACGAGUCCGGCGUCCGUCUGUCUGUCUGUGUGUGAUCAGAUCAGAUCAGAUGAGCUCGGACCUCCAGCGGGAACGUUAAAGCAAAUGUUUGUACAACGCCGGACCGUGAAAAUGUUUCACGUUCUAAUGCAGACAGCUAGUGUAGAAACUUAAGAGACGUUUUGCUAUAUUUGGCUUCAAAAUGUAAAUUUCCAGUAAAGUUUUCAGAACAAAAAAAAAACUGCAUCUAUUUAUUCAUCAUUUCAUCCAUCAUGUAAAAAGACUGAAGAGUUGGUUGGAAUAAACCAAUCCCUGUACGCUCUGGA